ACCACAUGGCUCCUCCCCUUCCACGCUGGGGUCAUAUAUAAUUGCAAAGCCUCUGGGAUUUCCACUCAGGGACAUUUUCAAGUUGCUGAGCCCAAAUUUUAAGGGUUAUGACUGAGGAGUUGUAAAAGAAGAGAAGCAGCGCUUUUUUUUUCUGUGAGGUUGAACAUCAGGACUCCAUGUCUCCGUCUCUGGCUAGAUCUGCUCCCAGCGAGCUCAACCACUGGUGGACCCAGCUGAGGUUUCGCCUUCAGAACAAGAAAGGAUGGAACGAAAUGCUGGACGAGACAUUUCUCUACUAUACAAAAAACAUAAAUGACAUUCCUCUCUUCUACGCGGCUAAAGACAACAGUGUUGGCUGCAUAAAGAAGUUACUGAGCUGUGCUUCCACCAACAUAUUUGAGAGAGGCUCCCUCGGUGAGACGGCUCUUCACGUUGCUGUGAUGAACGACAACCUGGACGCCGCCGUGGCUCUGAUGGACGGAGCUCCCGACCUCAUCAAUGAGGCCAUGACCUCUGAGCUUUUUCAAGGUGUCACUCCUCUUCACAUCGCUGUAGUGAAUCAGAACCUCAACCUGGUUCGUCAUCUGAUCAGCCGUGGAGGAGAUGUCAUCAACCCUCGAGUCACUGGUCUGUAUUUCAGGAAGAGGAUAGGAGGACUUUUUUACUGCGGUGAGCACAUCCUGUCUUUUGCUGCUUGUACCGGUAAUGAGGACAUCAUCGCCAUGCUGAUCGACGCUGGGGCCAGCACCAGGAUCCAAGACUCUCUAGGAAACACACUGCUUCACAUUUUAAUCCUGCAGCCCAAUAAGACCACAGCGUGCCAAGCCAUUGACCUGAUAUUGGCCCGUGAUGUGGAGCUGGACCAGCCGGUGCCCCUCGACAUGGUGCCCAACAACAGAGGCCUCACACCUUUCAAGCUGGCUGCCAAGGAGGGAAACAUCGUGGUGUUUCAGCACCUGGUUAAUAAAAGGCGCGUCGUCCAGUGGAGCCUGGGCCCCUUGAGCUCCCACCUGUACGACCUGACUGAAAUCGACUCGUGGGCUGACAACAUGUCGGUGCUGGAAGUGAUAGUGAGCAGCCAGAAGAGAGAGGCGAGGGGGAUUCUGGAGGUGACUCCUGUGAGGCAGCUGGUCAGACUGAAGUGGAAUCUGUAUGGAAAAUAUUACCUCAGACUGCUUCUGCUCCUGUAUCUCCUGUACAUAGGGACCUUCACCCUGUCCUGUAUCUUCCGCCCUCUAAAGGACGCUGACAGGAACUACACAGACACGGACAGGGACAAAACCAUCCGGGUUCAGAAGACCCUCAAUGAGAGUUAUGUGACUUAUGGCGACAGUCUGCGGCUGGCUGGAGAGGUCAUCAGCGUCCUGGGAGCUAUACUCAUCCUGGUGCUGGAGAUCCCUGAUAUACUGAGAGUCGGAGCAAAGCGUUACUUCGGCCAGACGGCAUUGGGAGGACCCUUCCAUGUCAUACUAAUAAGCUACGCGACCUUGGUGGUGCUGCUGUGUGUGUUCAGAGUAUGUGAGGUGCACAGGGAAAGGGAAGUGAUGGCGGUGUGUCUGCUUCUUGGCUGGUGCAACGUCAUGUUCUUCGCUCGUGGGUUUGAAAUGCUCGGCCCGUACGUCAUCAUGAUACAGAAGAUUAUAUUUGGAGACCUGACAAAGUUUAUGUGGCUGAGUGUCAUUGUCCUCAUCGGUUUUUCCACCUCUCUUUGGAUGGUCUACAUGACCCAAGACCCAAGUUCUAUCCCUCAGUACACGUCCUACCCCAUCACCCUCUUCUCCGUGUUUGAGCUCAGCGUGGGACUGAUCGACCUGCCUGUGGACCACACCUUCACAACACCCCCCAUCGUCCACGUGCUGCACGUCUGCUUGUCUAUGGGCUGCUACCUGCUGCUGAGCAACGUGCUGAUCGCCAUGAUGAGUGACACACAGUGGAGGGUGGCCCAAGAGAGAGACGAGCUCUGGAGGACUCAGGUUGUAGCCACGACUUUGAUGCUGGAGAGGAGGCUUCCUCGCUGUCUGUGGCCUCGGCUCGGCGUGUGUGGGCUCAGCUUCGGCCUUAAAGAGCGCUGGUAUCUCAGAGUGGAAGACAGGAACGACCCCCUGAUGCAAAAGAUGCGACGCUACGUCAAGGUCUUCUCUAGCCUGGAUGAGAAGGAGGGCGUCGAAAAGUCAGACUCAGCGAAGGACAGCCCGGUGCUCCGACACAAAAACACAGGCAAGAGGAAGGCACAGAAGGGGUGGGAGAUGAUUCGGAACAGUUUGGAGAUGGAGCAGAAGGAGCCGAUGGAGAUGCAGGACAUCAGAUACGUUUAAAGCGAAACUCUACCUGAUCAUAAUCUAAACUUUUCGAAGCAACGACACGCCGCUGACUUGAAGAUGUAUCUGGGGUUUUUUUUCUUGUAGUGAACUGUGCAAUUAUUCUUGCAGUAUUAUUAAGCUAUAGUGAAGCAUGUUAUUUUUUUAUAGCAAUAUAUGUCAAAA